CAAGACUCUACACACUCCACGGCUAUCUCUCUCUCUCCAUAAAUACCCCUUCAACCCUUUCUCCCCUCUCCACGACCUUCCUGGCUCACACAUCUUCUUUCUUGCUAUCUUGACCCUUCUCCAACUCAUCCCUUAGAUAACUUAGCUUGCACUCCACAAACCCUGAAAAACUACAAUGGCUAUCAGGAAAUCAAACAAGCUACCUCAAACAGCAGUUAUCAAGCAGAUUCUCAAGAGAUGCUCAAGCUUAGGAAGAAAACAAGGCUACUGCGAAGAAGGACUACCAGUGGACGUACCUAAAGGUCAUUUUGCUGUCUACGUUGGAGAGAAGAGAAGCAGAUUCAUUGUCCCAAUCUCCUUAUUAACUCAUCCUGAGUUCCAAAACCUUCUUCAAAGAGCUGAAGAGGAGUUUGGCUUUGAUCAUGACAUGGGUCUCACUAUUCCCUGUGAAGAAGUUGUGUUUCGCUCUCUAACAUCUAUGCUCAGCUGAAACUGAGAGAAAUUUAGGAAUUUUUUUUUUUCUCUCUUUCUCCUUUUUUUUACCCUUCUUUGUCAUUUUGAUCUUUUUUUUUUCCAUCCCCUGUUUUGGUGGGGUUCCUCUGUCAGUGAUUCUAACCCAAAACCCAUGAACAGUACCUGGGUUAGAUAACUUAUAUUUGUAUAUCUGUAAGCUUGAGAUUCUUCUUACAGUGGUGUGUGGUUGCGCCCUGUGAGAGUAUUGAUUAAUGAAGGAAAAUGAAGGUGAUUCCCUUGUUUCAAGCUUCAA